GCUUUGUCAAUUUCAUUUGACUUCGUAAACGAUCCAAAAGACCCAAAACCACGUCUGCAUUACAUAGUUUACCCUAUACUAUCGGGAAACAUCGUUUGCCCUAUACUAUGCAAUGUCAAGAACGUCAACAACAAACUGUCAGGUGCUCAGACACAGACUUUGUUGUUUAUUUACGUUUCUACAAGUUUAACUCAAAAACUAUGGAUUUACCAGCAAAUGAACCCAGAACGUGGCAAGAUCUUAGCUUGGACAAAUUGCAAAUCAUGUUCGGUAAAAGAAUCUCUCCGCGACGACUCGCUUGUGUUGACACGAAAUAUGAGUUGUUCAAAUAUCUGUGGAAAGAAUGUCAAAUCAAAGAUUCCGAUCUGGAUAAGUACAAAUUGAACAAUCGCGAUGAGAUCAGCACACAUGACGAUGCAUUUUCGAGAUAUUUAUUCCAAUCUACAAACGGAAGCUUUACAGGCUUCAACGAGUAUGCGAGACUAAGAUUAGCUGACAGAAUUGAUUCAAUGCCACAGGGAAAUCAUAUUAAUCCAUCCUCGGAUGAACGAUUCGCGGAUAAAAAGUUCCAAAUAAUCGACCUCAUACGGACCGAAAUUGGAAACAAAUUGUGGGAAUUCGGAAGACACUUGCGUGUUAAGCAAGGCCGCCUGGACGCCAUCGAUAGAGAACAGACCGAAGUUGCCCGAAAAGUUGAUAAAAUCUUCGAAGAAUUUGAGAAGGAAUCUUGUAAUGAAGUCACAUACGUCAACAAAAUUAGCACCGCACUGAUCAACACUCGACGAAAGGAUUUAGCACGUAAAGUUUAUGAAAUUAUGGAACGAUGAAUUUUGGAAUAAAAUUGUUUUCAUUGAG